CAGUUCCUCACCCCUUGGGCUUUGCUGCACGCCAUCCUUUGCUUACUACAUACGCUCUGCCAGCUCUUUCCUGUCUUUUGAUGAUCACGUCGUUGGGGACUAAAAGAUACUCCAUAUGAAGUUCCUGGAACAACGCUUGGUGUUUAGCCUCACUAUGUCCAGGCCGCCGACCCCGGAGCCGGCCCCUGACCGGCAAGAGGACCGCGCUGACGGGGUCCAGCACUCCCACCGCAUGCUCAACUUCAGCGACGCCCUGCUGUCCAUCAUCGCCACUGUGAUGAUCCUGCCUGUGACGCACAUGGAGCUCUCCCCGGAGCAGUUUGACAGAAGCAUCCAGAAGCUCCUGGCCACCAGGAUCGCCGUCUACCUGAUGACCUUUCUCAUCGUGACGGUGGCCUGGGCCGCGCACACGAGGCUGUUCCAGGUGGUGGGGCGGAUCGACGACACCCUGGCCCUGCUCAACCUGGCCUGCAUGAUGACCAUCACCUUCCUGCCGUUCACGUUCUCCUUGAUGGUGACCUUCCCUGACGUGCCCCUGGGCAUCUUCCUGUUCUGCAUGUGCGUGAUCGCCAUCGGGGCUGUGCAGGCGCUGAUCGUGGCCUACGCCUUCCACUUCCCCCACCUCCUGAACCCCCUCCUGGCGAGCUGCGCCCACAGGGCCCUCUGCCGGCGCCACAUCCUGGGCGUGGUGCUGCGGGGCCCGGCCCUGUGCUUCCUGGCCGCGGGCUUUUCCCUGUUCUUCUACCCGGUGUCCUACCUGCUGAUGGCGACGGUCGUCCUCCUCCCCCACCUCAGCAAGGCCGCCGGCUGGUGCCGCAGCAGGCUCACGGGCCCGCGGGAGCCGCCUGCUCAGGCCCUGGACUUCUUCACCUUCGACCUGCAGGAACCGCUCAGCAAGGAGCGGGUGGAGGCCUUCAGCGACGGCGUGUACGCCAUCGUGGCCACGCUGCUCAUCCUGGACAUCUGCGAGGACAACGUGCCGGACCCCGAGGAGGUGCGGGCGCGCUUCCAGGGCAGCCUGGUGGCGGCCCUGCGGGCGUCGGGGCCGCGCUUCCUGGCCUACUUCGGCUCCUUCGCCACGGUGGGCCUGCUGUGGUUCGCCCACCACUCCCUCUUCCUGCACGUGCGCAAGGCCACGCAGGCCAUGGGGCUGCUGAACACGCUCUCGCUGGCCUUCGUGGGCGGCCUGCCGCUGGCCUACCAGCAGACCUCGGCCUUCGCGCGGCAGCCGCGGGACGAGCUGGAGCGCGUGCGCGUCAGCUGCGCCAUCAUCUUCCUCGCCGGCAGCUUCCAGUUCGCCAUGUGGGCCGCGGCCCUGCUGCGCCAGCGCGAGACGCUGCGGCCGGCCGUGUGGUUCGGCGGCCCCGAGCACGCCUUCAUGUUCGCCAAGCUCGCGCUGUACCCCUGCGCCAGCCUGCUGGCCUUCGCGGCCUCCUGCCUCCCGAGCGGCCUCAGCGCGGCCAUCUUCCACCUGACGCAGAUCGCCGUCCCCUUCGCCUUCCUGCUGCUGCGGCUGCUGGUCCGCGCCGCCCUGGCC